GCAGCCGGGGCGGGCCGGGGAGGAGCGGCCGGCCUGGGCCGCAGAGGCGCCGCGCUGAGAGCCGUCCUCCUGCCGCCUCGCAGGCCGCCUGCACGGGCGCAGGAUGACCCCGACGCAGUGGGACUUCCCGGUGGAGCUGUGCUGCCGGCCCAUGGCGUUUGUCACCCUCACCGGCUUGGACGUGGUGUACAACGCCGUGCACCGGGCCGUGUGGGACGCCUUCUGCGCCAAUCGGAGAGCCGACCGCGUCCCCAUCUCCUUCAAAGUGCUCCCCGGCGACCACGAGUACCCUAAGUGCAGGACGAAGAGGACAUCCUAUGAGUGGUAUAUUCCAAAAGGAAUCCUGAAGACUGGUUGGAUGAACAAACACCUGAAUUUGGUUCCAGCACUUGUGGUGGUGUUCUAUGAACUAGACUGGGAUGAGCCACAAUGGAAAGAGAAACAGUCAGAAUGUGCUACUCGAGUUGAAAUUGUCAGGCAAAGUUUGCAGGGAAGAAGUACGAAAGUUGCUGUGGUUUUGAUUCAGAAAAAAACACCAUUACCUCCAGGGGAAGAUGUUAUUGCAUCAGAGAGGGCAGCAGCUUUAUGUUGUGCUUGUGACCUUUCUGGAAAAUCCCUCUUUGUACUUCCACACACUGAUCAUCUUGUUGGUUAUAUUAUAAGGUUGGAAAAUGCUUUCUAUGAGCAUGCACAGACUUACUAUUAUACAGAAAUACGGAGAGUUAAAUCUCAUAAGGAGUUCUUGAACAAAACCACUCAUCAGCUUUUAUUUGUUAGACACCAGUUCAAAAUAGCAUUCUUCAGUGAGCUGAAACAGGAUACGCAGAAUGCUCUCAAAAAUUACAGAACUGCCUAUAAUCUUGUACAUGAAUUGAGGGCUCAUGAAACAAACAUGCUGGAAAUAAAGACCAUGGCAGGAUUUAUAAACUACAAGAUCUGUCGCCUCUGUUUUCAGCAUAAUACUCCACUGGAUGCAAUUGCUCAGUUCAGGAAACAUAUUGACUUGUGCAAGAAAAAAAUAGGAAGUGCAGAACUGGCUUUUGAGCAUGCUGCCUGGAUGUCUAAACAGUUUCAGGCUUUUGGUGACUUGUUUGAUGAAGCAAUUAAGCUGGGAUUGACAGCAAUUCAAACUCAGAAUCCAGGUUUCUACUACCAGCAGGCAGCCUACUAUGCACAGGAACGGAAACAACUAGCAAGUAUGCUUUGUAACCAUGAUUCCUCUGUGAUAUACCCCAAUCCGGAUCCCCUGGAAACACAGACUGGAGUGCUUGACUUCUAUGGGCAAAGACCAUGGCGGCAGGGAAUAUUAAGCUUUGAUCUUUCUGAUCCUGAAAAGGAGAAGAUGGGGAUUUUAUCCCUACAGUUGAAAGAGAAAAAUGUCCUUCACUCGGAGCUAAUAAUCACUUUGUUGAGUAAUGCUGUCGCGCAGUUCAAGAAAUACAAAUGUCCAAGAAUGAAAAGUCACUUGAUGGUUCAGAUGGGAGAAGAAUAUUACUACGCUAAAGAUUAUGCCAAAGCUUUGAAGCUCUUGGAUUAUGUUAUGUGUGAAUAUCGCAGUGAAGGAUGGUGGACUCUUCUCACUUCCAUAUUGACGACAGCUCUCAAGUGUUCAUAUCUGAUGGCCCAGCUAAAAGAUUAUAUAACGUACUCUUUAGAACUACUUGGUAGAGCAUCUACUCUUAAAGAAGAUCAGAAGUCUCGAAUAGAAAAAAAUCUGAUAAAAGUUCUAAUGAAUGAAAGCCCUGAUCCUGAACCUGAUUGUGACACUGCUGCUGUGAAAGCAUCACAAAAAUUGUGGGCUGACCGUGUUUCCUUGGCAGGCAGUAAUGUUUUUACAAUAGAAGUCCAAGAUUUUAUACCAUUUGUGCAGUGCAAAGCAAAAUUUCUUGCUCCUAGUUUUCAUGUUGAUGUUCCUGUGCAGUUUGAUGUAUACUUGAGAGCUGAUUGUCCUCAUCCUAUCAGGUUUUCUAAGCUCUGCAUCAGUUUCAAUAAUCAGGAUUACAACCAAUACUGUGUGGUAGAAGAAGCCUAUCAAAAAAGUGAUAUUCUAGAACAGUCAUCACAAGGAACAAUGUGCUUAGUACCUGGAAAAACAAGGAAGUUCACUUUCAAAUUUGUUGCAAAACCUGAAGAUGUAGGAAAGAAGAUUGAGAUCACCUCUGUGGAUUUGAUCCUGGGAAGUGAAUCUGGCCGAUGUGUGAUUCUGAACUGGCGUGGAGGAGGUGGAGAUGCUGCUUCAUCUCAAGAAACACUGCAGGCAGCACGUUCCUUCAGGCGAAGACCUAAGCUUCCAGAUAAUGAAGUGCACUGGGACAGUUUGACUAUUCAGGCAAGCACUAUGAUUAUUUCUAGAGUGCCAAACAUUUCUGUUCAACUCCGUCAUGAACCUCCUGCACUGACUAAUGAAAUGUAUUGUUUGAUUGUGACAGUUCAGUCACAUGAGAAGACAGUGGCCAAAGAUGUUAAGCUUACAGCAGGUUUAAAGCCAGGCCAAGAUGCCAACCUGACUCAGAAAACUCAGGUUACUCUUCAUGGAACAGACACGUGUGAUGACUCCUUUCCUGCCCUGCUUCCUGAUAUCCCUGUAGGAGACUUGCAACCAGGGCAAAAGCUGGAAAAACCAAUAUACAUUCGUUGUGGAACAGUUGGUGCAAGAAUGUUUCUGGUUUAUGUUUCUUACUUAAUCAACACUGUCGUUGAGGGGAAAGAAAUUCUCUGCAAGUGCCACCGGGAUGAAACUGUAACCAUGGAAACAAUAUUUCCCUUUGAUGUUGCAGUCAAAUUUGUCUCCACAAAGUUUGAGCACUUGGACAGAGUAUUUGCAGAUAAACCAUUUUUACUGAUGACAGACAUCCUGAGUGCCUCUCCGUGGCCUCUCACUAUUGUAACCAGCCAGCUACAGCUGUCAGCUCCCAUGACCCCAGUAGAUCAACUGGAAUCUUAUGUGGAGAACGUUGUUUUACAGACAGGUGAGAGUGCCAGUGAGUGCUUUUGCCUUCGAUGUCCUCCAAUUACUAAUGCUAGCGGAGUGGCAACUGGAUGUUAUAUCAUUUCCUGGAAGAGAAGUUCACCUGUGGAAAGUGUACCUGUUGUUAAUACAGUCAUCACUCUACCACAUGUGAUUGUAGAAAGCAUUCCUCUCCAUGUUAAUGCAGAUCUGCCAUCGUUUGGUCGAGUUCGAGAAUCCCUACCUGUCAGAUAUCACCUGGAAAAUAAGACCAACUUAGUCCAGGAUGUGGAGGUGUCAAUGGAACCCAGUGAUGCCUUCAUGUUCUCUGGCCUUAAACAGGUCCGAUUAAGAAUCCUUCCUGGCACACAGCAGGAAAUGUUGUAUAACUUCUAUCCUCUGAUGGCUGGAUAUCAGCAGUUACCAUCUCUUCAUGUUAACUUGCUGCGAUUCCCAAACUUCACCAUUGAGUUGCUCAGACGAUUCAUACCGACACACGUUUUUGUAAAGCCUCAGGGUCGUCAAGCAGAUGAUAACUCAAUUGCACCUGAAUAACUGAGACCUGUACCUCUGCACUUAAAGAAAAUGGGAUGUUGCACAGAAGACCAGUGGAGACCGUUCAGUGUCCCCUGCAGCAUGACCAGGCAUAGGGACAACAGCUCACAGGAGAAAGGAUGGUUACCUAUCAAUUAACUGUGGCUUCUUCAUGGUGUGUAACUUGUGUGCAUGAUCACAUACAUGGGCAUGUGAAAGAUGGUAGCUCGUUCUUUCUCCUGUAUUUUGAAGUCCUUCUGGGAGAAAGCAAUUCUGACCCUUCUAGACAAUUCAUCUAAAAGAACUCUGUUCCUUUUUUUAUCCAGUUUCUGAACUACCUCUUCUCUCGCACGCCAAGGGCUGUCAUCCAGAGCUGGGAAAGCCUCCCACCUUGGUGGACACAUAUCUUAAAGCCCCUCAGGUUAGAAGUAACCAAUCUUCCUCACCUUUUACUGCAGAAGGCUUCACGUUUGUUGUCUUGUUGCCAGUGGAACUUCAACGUUUCACAGGGCAGCAUGUCACAUUAGGGUAGACCUGAGCAUGAUAAGCUAAAUGAAAGAGAAUAAGCUUGACUAAUCUUGUUUGUCCUUUGUCUUUGCAAGCCUUACAGAAACAGUUUUAAUUUGGGGGGAGGUGAGGAAGGAGCAUAUGUUGCAAAUACUAAUGGGAACAAGUCAGAUUUUAAGAAAGCAAGACUCUACAUUUCUCAGCGUUGUCAUUUUUCUUACUUCCAGAGAGAUGUCAAGUGCUGGAUAACUAAACCCAGGCAUUUAUAUAUUUAAAUAAAUAUUUUGGGCAUUUAAAAAUUCUAUUUAAGACAGUAGAAAUUCCCUCACCUGAACAGAAUGUAAAUAUUUUAUUCUAGCUUUUUCAAUAAAAUUAUGUCAAAUUUCCUUGCCAGAUCUCUAGAUAAUUUGCUGGGAAACAUGAUAUUGUGCAAAGGCAAUAAAGUUUAUAUAGCCAUGCUGAUAGGAUGUGUUGUAUCAAUGCAAAACUAUGUUAAGUAUGCAUGCUAGUUACUGUAGUCUGAACUUGGUGGUGGGACAGGGAGAUCAGGAAGUCAAAAAUUUCUCCCUGGAAAGUAAAUGUAAACAUGUAGCUGUCACUUUUUUGCCUGCAUUUAGGAGUUGCUACAUAGUAUUUGAUUCCAUUGGGACAUUUGAAGCUGACCUUCAGGCUAAGAUUUCAGUUAUUCUUUCUAAAAGUUUAACUCUUCAUCUUCAAACAGUAUUUCUACUUUAGAGCAUGUACAUACUUUCUCCCUGUAAACCAUUUUGCAUG